AUGUUGAAUUUUGGUUACUUACCACCGAACUGGAACGCCGACCACCCUGUCGAGUACAUCCAGUGCGACAUCUCCGAUGCCGACGACGCCAAGGCCAAGCUUUCUCCGUUAUCCGACGUCACCCACAUCUUCUACGUGACCUGGACCAACCGAUCCACCGAGGCCGAGAACUGCGAGGCUAACGGCGCUAUGUUCCGCAACGUCUUGAAUUCCGUCAUCCCAAACGCGCCCAAUCUCCGCCACUUGUGCCUCCAGACCGGGGCCAAGCACUACGUCGGGCCGUUCGAGGCUUUCGGGAAGAUCCAGCCCCACGAGCCGCCCUUCACGGAGGACCUGCCCCGACUGGACUACCCGAAUUUCUACUACACCUUGGAAGAUUUGUUGCUUGCUGAGGUGGAGAAGAAGGAGGACUUGACUUGGUCCGUCCACCGACCCGAUGCGAUUUUUGGGUUCUCUCCGUACAGCAUGAUGAACGUCGUCGGCACGCUCUGCGUGUACGCCGCCAUCUGCAAGCACGAGAGAGUGCCGUUAAAGUUCCCGGGAAGCAAAGCGGCGUGGAACUGCUACUCGGUGGCUUCGGAUGCGGAUCUGAUAGCGGAGCAGCACAUAUGGGCGGCGGUGGACCCGUAUGCCAAAAACGAAGCAUUUAACAUAAACAAUGGGGAUGUGUUUAAGUGGAAGCAUUUCUGGAAGGUGUUGGCUGAGCAGUUUGGGAUUGAGGAGUAUGGGAUUGAUGAGGAGGAGGGGGCGAAGCUGAGCUUGGUGGAGCUGAUGAAGGGGAAAGAGAGAGUGUGGGAGGAGAUAGUGAAGGAGAAUCAGCUGCAGCCCACAAGGUUGGAGGAGGUUGGGGUGUGGUGGUUUGUGGAUGUUUGGUUGAGUGGGGAGGGAUUGUUGUGUAGUAUGAACAAGAGCAAGGAGCAUGGGUUUGUGGGUUUUAGAAACUCCAGGAAUUCAUUUGUCACUUGGAUUGAUAAAAUGAAGGCUUUCAAGAUUGUGCCUUGA